AUGGCCAGGCGGCUGCGCGACGCCGCUGAUGCCGUCGGGUACGCCACGAGCAGCAAUUGCGAGAAGUUCGAGGCGACCCUGGCGGCCAGCGAUGAGUUUCUCGAGGGCGAAGCGGCGAGGGCGUCCGAGCGAUCUAUCAACGAGCGCGAAACCCUCCGCGCUAUCGAACAGGGCGUCACCGAGGUCAGCGAUGCGUGCUUGAUGCUGAGCGCCAUGAAGGGAUCGACGGCGCAGGCGCGUGAGUGGAAAGACUCGCUGGGCAGCGUCAUCGCUGGGGUGGAUUGGCAGUCGUCGGGGCUCGAGCAGGAAGCCGCGCGGCAGAGUUUACUGCGCGUGGUUCAAAGUUCACCCCCAGAGCCCGCUACGCGGCGCAGCGUACUCACGGAUUACCGAAGGGGCAAAGGCGCGGUUGCCGCGCGGUUCCUGGCCGGAGAGCUGGCGAAGGAGUUCAAUGCCAUUGGCGACGAUCUGGGGAUCUACCGCGACAACUUCGACGCAACCGUCAGGCAACCGCGCGGGUAUGAGACUGAACUAGCGGAUGCCUCAGAACUAGCGCGGCGCCGCGCGGCGCUUCCCGCGGCGAUUCGCAGGCGGGUGCAGUUCAUGCAGGCGCGAGCCGAGCGGCAGAUGCCUGGCACGCCCAUGGCCUGGUUGCACGUCUAUGAUCUGCUGCCGGCGGGGGCCAACGACCUGAGCCUGCAUGUGGGCCUGGGGCUCUUCCAUGUGGGCGUCGAGGUCUUCGGUGUCGAGUGGUCGUACGGGCUCACCGACCCGGACCCGUCGCUGCCGCCCGUCACCGGGGUGUACCCGGUCGAGCCUACGAUGCGCACCCCGAGCAGGCACAGGGAGCGGAUCUGGCUCGGGCCCGUCAGGAUGAAGGGAGCGCGCGAGGUCUGGUCCCUGCUGGGGUCCCUGGCGUGCAAGUGGCUGGGGCGGGAGUACCACCCGUUUAGGCACAACUGCAUCCACUUCUGCGCUGAGUUGUGCGAGUGCCUGGGAGUCCAGGACCGAGUGACGAACAUCCAACAUGCUGCGCUGCGAGAGCUACGGCAGGGCUCUCCCACGACGCCCUCCCAGGCCUACCGCGAGGAGCUGCCGAGCUGGGUCGGGCGGGUGGCGGACGCCGCCGGCUGCGUCCUGGCGCCGCUGCUAGACGCCCUGGACAUAUCGCUCGUGCCGCCAGGCGGCAACCAGCCCAACUCGCCCUUCUGGCGGGCGGACGAGGGCUCGGCGGCGGAGGCCUCCGCCACGCCGCCCUCGCUGGUUCCGCCCGGGCGGGCGAGCGCCGGGGACGCGCAGGCCGCCGCGCCCGAGCGGCCCGCCGCGGGCCCGCCGCGCUGCCUGCUGUCGGUGCCGUUGGCCGUGUCGCUCGACUUCGAGGAGAAGUUUGGUUGGUCCAUGCUGACUAUGCUCUUGCACGAAAUGCAUGGCUCCCGCGUGCGCAACCGCGCCGCCAGCGCCCUCCGAGACCACGCGGCCCGUGGCGCCGCGCCGCCGCCGGCGGCGCAGCCGCGCGCCUCCGAGCGGGCGACCCCGAGCCCUUCCGGGUCGGCAGGAAGAGG